AUGGCGCAGUUGGGGGUGGAUCCGGCGAAGAUGGACGCGAACGCGCAAGCCGAGUACUUGCUCGCGGUGCAGUGCGCGGAGACGGUGGUGAGUUUGAGCUUGGUGUACGCGCUCGUGUCCCCGCACAUGGAUGUGGUAAAAGAUGAGUCCAAGGACUGGUUUAAGUUUGAUUUUAGCGAUCCGUUCGAACGCGAGCGGGGAUGGGCCAAGUACGGAUUGAUCGGAUAUGGGACGACGUUUUUAGCGCUCGCGGCGACGGGAUUUGUGCUCGACGUGGCGGAGAAGGCGCAGGGGGGUCAACAAGCGAUCGAGAAGGCGUCUGAGCAAGUGGGCACGAUUGAUGGCGUGCUGCCAUUGAUUUCAAGCGAUAACAACGGCACUCUUCUCGCUGUGUUGACGGUGACGAGCGUGUUGGCGCCGUUGCUCGAAGAGGUCGUCUUUCGAGGCUUCAUCCUCGCGUCGCUCACGAAGUGGUUGCCGACGCCCGGCGCAGUGCUCUUUAGCAGCGUUUUGUUCGGGCUCGCGCACUUCGCGCCGCGAGAUUUCGUCGAACUCGUCGUCUUGGGGAUGGUUUUAGGCUUUAGCUAUGCGCGAACUCGCAAUUUACUCACCCCGAUGUUAAUUCACUCGAUGUGGAACUCGGGCGUGCUCGUCGUCGUCGCCGCCGCCAUCAAGGGCGGCUUCGCGCACGAAUUGGGCAUCCCAGGAUUUUAG